AAACCAGUGAGUCGAGACUGUUCGUGUCACGCGGUCGUGUCCGCGUUAGAGGAAAAUCCCGCUCAGUCCAACUCGAUUUCUUAUCAUUCUUAUGUCGUUGUUUUUCCUCAUGUGUCAGCUUUGGAUCAGCAAACUUGAAGCUGUGUCGCAGUCUGAGCCUCUCCAGCUCCAGCAGUGAGGGAUGAUUGGGUUUUUAAUGCAGCAGCAUACCUGUGUGAGGGUUAAGCCGGGAAACACCUGUUGCUGAGACAGACAGAGGCGCGUGCAGGCUCCGCGCGGCGAUCAUGUCCGCUUAAAUCCGCAUUUGAAGCUUUAUUUUGGGACUGUAGAUGGAGUCGAUCCGGACACCUGCAGCGGUUCUGGCGCUGCUAUUCCUGUCAGUGUCGUUUGUUCAGGGGGGCUUUGUGGAGCCGCUUGAACCCGUCACCUUCUUGCGCUCCUUGACAGAAUCUCAGACCCGGCUUCCAUGUCAUUAUAAUGUAGAAGGAGAGGAAAAAGUGGUGCAGGUCACCUGGCAAAAGGAGCUUCCAGGUGGCAGCAAGGAGCAGGUCAUUACAGCCCACUUCCAAGAUGGCCACACAGAAUUUGGGCGUUACUCCGGCCGGGUGAAGUUUGAGAGCAGCCGCCCCAUCGCCAACUCCGCUCUGUUGAUCCCCAUCACCGAGGAUUAUGAUGAGGGCAGCUACAUCUGCCACAUCUCCACCUUUCCCAAUGGGAACUUUGAGAGACGCAUUAACCUCCAAGUCUGGACAUUACCCAUCUUCUCCCUGGAUCCCGUUACUCUGGUUGAGGGCCAGUCGUACCGUGUGGUCGCCUCCUGCAGAGCGGUGGGUCGCCCCGUCCCCCGGCUGUCUUGGGACACGGAACUACCGGGCCAAUCGCAGAACCACACCAGUGAGGGCGGAGCCGUGUCCACUCACUACUCGCUGCACCCGCUGCGCUACAUGAACGGGAAGAAGCUGGACUGCCUGGUGUGGCAUCCAGGCCUGGAGACACCGCGGAGGAUCCCGAACAAAGUGGAGGUUCAGUACCCCCCAGAUGCCACCAUUUCCUCUUCCACUGAUCACUGGUAUGUGGGUUUGGAGAAAGCGGAGCUUACGUGCAAAGGUGGGGGGUACCCAAUACCCCACAACAUCACCUGGAUAAGGAAAGGAGACCGUCUUCCAGAUGGAGCGUCAGUGAUUGGCGGAAAGCUGGUGUUUGGGCGGGCCCUCCAUGCUAAUGACAGUGGCGUCUAUGAGUGCAUUGUCAAGAAUACUGUUGGAGUGGGAAAAAAUGAGUAUUUCAUAACCAUAACUGCAGAGCAAAGAGGAUUCUUUCAGGGGCCCGACAAGGACAAACUACUGUUGAUCGUUGUUGGCGCGGCUGCGGGAGUGGUGGUCCUGAUCCUGAUCGUUGUGGUGGGGCUGGUCAGCCGGAUUUACAACAACAGAACCAAAGAUCUCCAGGAUCAGCUAGAGACCUUCUCAAGACAUGCCUCCCUCAGGAGAAUAAACUCUGAAGACUUUGACUUGAAAUCUCGGAAUGAGCUGAGAGUUGAAACUCGGUCAAGGAACAGCCUUUUGGAGCAAGGUCACAGAGGCAGCCACUCCACUCUGAAUGGGAAAAGGGGCCAUCCAGCUAUGGACGAUCUGAACCGCCCUGUCGACUAUGAAGACAACAGAGAAUACAUGCUGAAAGCAGAGGAGUGCCAGAGGAGGAUGGAGUUGAAGUCCAGCAAUAUGUCUGUGGACUCUGGUAUUACUUCAUCUCUGGUUCCUGUGAAGCCCCAGCAGGAUGAGUACGCUGCACCGAACGAGUCGGACCUGGGCCUUCUGCAGGAGAGAGACUCUCCUCUUGAAGGCGAUUUGGGUUCCUACAACUCCACAGAGGAGGAGGAAGAAGGCAACCGGCAGUACAUAGCAUCAGCUCUGUCCCGAUGUUUUUACACUACAGAUGGAACCCUCAGGCCGAAACCGCAUUCCAACGCCAUUGUGCUGCAGCUAAGAGAGCAGAUCAUCUGAGUCUGACCUGACGAUGGCUCCGACCUCCCUCCUCCUCAUCACCUACUCACUUUGAACACAGUAAAACUUUUGGAAGAAGCUACAGAAGCACAAGUCUGCAUAUCGUUUAUGAAAUUUAAGUGUUUACCCCUAUGGUUUAUCAAGUGGGAGGUGUUGAGUUAUUUUGUGGAUCUUUUUAAUGCCGCCAUAGCUGCAGGUGGAGGGGUGAUGGGGGAUCUGCAGACAAAUGAAGAGCAACUCUGUCGUUAUUUAGUUUGGAACGUCCACGAGCGGCUGAGCACUUUCACUGAACGCAGAGGCUGUCCUUGGAGGGGAAAGGUGUCUGAAUCCUGUUACAAACUCUGCUGCAUGUGUGGGCGGACCAAUGAACUGCUUCCCUGCUGCCUUCAGUGAGGUUUCUGCUCGGGUCACUCAGGAAUUGUGCAUCGUUUACAGAAAACAUGCUGACCAAAUCACUGGAGUGGAGCUACUUUCUUCAAGGAUCCUCCUGUGGACAAAACACACCUUUUUUUUGUUAUUUUAGUGCACUAAAUGGGAAAGUACUGAACUGCAGCUUCAUAUUUCUGUUUGGAAGAGUUGAACUACUGGAGGGUCUGAAACCUGCAGCGAUGGAAGGACGUUUUAAACCAGCUGGAUGAAUGGAUCAAAUGCAACCAAACUGUCUGCUUUUUCAGUUUUUUGGAAAGUGAAAAUGAUCAACUGCUCAUUGCUGGAACUUAGAAAUAGGUGAAAACAAAAGAGGUGGCAUUAAUGUGCUCAUAUUUAUAACUACGUUUGGAAAAAAAAGGGGGUGUACUUUCAAUAAAUUUGUUGUUUAUCUUUAUGAAGUGUUCAUCACCACACACUGAAUGAACUGUGAAGGCUUCCUAUUAUGAAGCACUGUCAGGUGUUGGAUGGUUUUCUAUGUUUUCUUUAAAACUCCUGAGUCAUGUUUGUUUAUAAAAGCACAAACUCUCAUAAAAACUGUUAAUUUUUUAUUAAAACCUGUGCCGCCUCGCAGUUGACAGUAAAACAUUCGUGACAACA